AUGAUUAUUCCUUUUAGACUGAAACAUGUCAGCAAGCAGGUUAUUCUUGAGUUAACUGAUGAUACAUGGACAAGAGCAGAUGAAUAUCAGAGAAGUGAAGAAUCUGGACGAACAAGUGGUGUAAGAACAGGGCCAAAUGCGCAAGCGCAACCGUUGGAUGCAAGAUCUCUUUUAAUGCACAAAAGCGUACACCAAAUGGCAACACGAGAUCGUAGUAUUACCUCGUCCACACCUCCUAGCUCACUAGAUUUGGAGUGGGAACAUGAAGGUGUUCUGCCCAUACAUGCUAUGCAUUAUGCUGGAGUUCCAGAGGAAGAUGUUUGUGACUCAAGUGCAACUAAUGGGAAGAAUGGUGCUAGCAGUACAGGGUGGUCCCGUAUAUCUACUCCAGAUUCACUUGAAUGGGACCCUGUUGAGGCUCCCUUGGCUGACAUGUCUGAAGCUCAGGCAGAACUAGAUGCUGAAACAGAACAACUGCUCACUGAAAUUGAGCGUCUAACUUCAAGAGCCCUCAGGGAAACUGGAGACUGGAGUAGCUGAUUAACCCUUUAACAUGUCAGAGUCUUGUAAGAUUUAUAGAACUGUUAUGACUGAUUAUGUGUGCAUUUUUGUACACAGAUUUUGUGGUUAACAUGUACAACAUGUUCAACUAAUUACUUGGGUGCUGUUUGAAGAUGCAAACUAUUUUGUCAUUUUCCUGACAUCAUAGGAUAGCUUUAAUUUUGUCACAAUUCUAUUGUGAUCAGUUGAUAGAAAAAGAUCACACCUUAUUUUUUUGUAGAAUUAUUUAACUUCUUAGAACACAUGCAUGUCAUUGCAGUAAUAAUUUUUGCUUUUUUAAAAAAAAGAUUCUUAUAUUGUAAAUUGUUUCUUUACUAUAUCAUCUUAAAUAUUGUUGCAAAACUGCCUCCUUUUUUUAAUUGUACCUUGUGAAAUUUUGCUCGAAAGGUGAAAAAUCUUUGAACAUUUGCUCUAUUUUCUGCUUUGUGCCAGUGUUUCUUUUUCCCCUCCUGAAUGUUAUCAUUUUGUGGCUUAGGUGUCUUUAUGAAAUGACAUGUUCCUUAUCAAACUAAAUUCUUGUAAUAUAACAGUGUUUUAGUGCAUUUUAAGAUGUCAGAUCUUGUGUGCUUUCACAGUGUUUGGCAGAAAUUAUCCAGUUUUGAAAUGAUCUCUGUGAGAGGUUACAUUUUUAUAUGUGAUUAUACAUAAUGGACCUAUGAACUGAAACAUGUUGUUUUCUUUUUCUGCUUUUUAUGCUUGUUGUCCACACUCUGCCAAGAGAUGGUGGUAUUUACACACACACACACACACACACACACACACACACACACAUAUACAUGCAUUAUUUCUUUUAGUAUUUUCAGUACAGUAAUGUUGUGUGUAUGUGUGUGUCUGUCUGUGUGUGUGUGUGUGUGUGUGUGUGUGUGUGUGUGUGUGUGUGUGUUUUAAGAAUAUGUGAGUUAUUUUCUAUUUGAUAUACAUGUUACUAUUUUUUCUGUCAUAGUUUUUCAGAACAUCACAUUGCAGUUUUUAUUUUUUGCAAGUUUAAUAGUAAAUGCUUAGUUAUGUUUACUGUUGUGAUGGUGAUUUUGUCUUUAUUUAUUCACAGUUUUAGGACUGUCUUUUGCAAAUGAUAUAGAUCCAGAUCAUAACAGAUAUUUAAAUUGUAUUACUUAUGGUUUGCUGGAGGUUGUGUGGAUGAAAUUGCCCUUAUUGUACCUAUCCAGAGUAGCAUGGCGGAACAUACAAAAGUAUUGAACAUCUGUUUUUACAGCAAUUUCAGUAAGAUGUAUAUAUUGUUACAACAUCUCAUUUGUGUAUUUUUUUGCCAUUGUGAUCUUAAACUGAAAAUAUUGUACUGUAAAAUAAAUAGUUUGGCCUUUCCUUCAAUGCUGAAGUAUCUUUGGGCUGAAAGAACUGUAGAAAGAAUGCUAUGUCCUGUUGUAGUUAUUGUUUGUGCCUUAUCAUCUUAAUGGUGAUUCUCAAGUUCAUAGACUGUAUCUACAUUAGUUUAUCAGAAAGAGAAUAGUGAGUAGUAUAACUACUGAGUAGCACAAGAUACAGACAUGCAGUUUAUGCCUUCAUUGUUGUAUCAUUAUCAUUUGUUGUUUCCAAACAAAUUCCAAAAGUUAAUGUAUUUCCUAAAUACUUUCAUGAAUUCCAGUUUAUCUCCUAUUAAAUAGAACAUGCACUUGCAAUCAAAAGAAGGUAUCUUCAUUACUUAUUCCACAACUACUUCUUUUCCAUAACUGUGUACUCUGUUGUCAGUAAUAUAUGUCAAUCUGUUGUCUGUUCCUACAUUACUAGUCCAA